AUGCUUCAAGACAAAAGUUGUCUCGCAACACCAACAGUUUUUGAAGCAAACUCGUCAUCAGAGCCAACACUGAGUAUGCUGGAAGAAGCCAAAAUUCAGCUCAUCCGUAUGGCAAUGAAGAACUUGAAUACAAAACAAGAAGUGAAUGAUAUUAGGACUUAUUCUCUAAGUGAAGAAGAAGAAGGAAAUUCAUUCAUGAACAAUGAAAAUAUCACCAAAAAGAAAAAACCAUCCUCAAAUUUAAUGAUGAAAGACAAUAUGCUUGAAACACAGCCAGCCAGAUUGGAUCAUGUGCUUGGUGAUGAUAUGUUGUAUCAUAUUCUGACAUUUCUCGAUCAGAGUUUUCUCAUUCACACCUUCAUGAGAGUUUCAAAAUAUUGGUAUGAAAAAGUACUUUUGAUUCCCAUGUCUUUAUCACUGCACUGUCGCAUCAAUGAAAUUCUUUCAAAACUACAAACCAUUGCAAACAAUCGAUACACGCUCAACUUUAGAGAACUCUCUUUUAUAGGCACAUUAAAAGACGAAAGUGCAGACAUCAUUCGAGUAAUUUCAAGGAGUAACAAAUUUAACAAUAUCAAGUCGUUAUACCUAAAAAACUUUAUUUUUGGCAAAGAAGAAAUUUCUGAAAUUGCUUCAGGAUAUUGCAAGUCAUUGACGACAUUACAUAUCAAUAGUUGGUUCAAUACAAAAAAUAUUGAUGCAAGUUUUGCCACCAUCAUUGCGAAUAGUGACAACAUGAAAGAAUUACGAACGCUACGCUUACUGACUGAUUUUGGAGAUGACAUUAUACGAGAGCUUUGUAACAGUGACAAAAUCAAAAAUCUCAAGCAUUUAGAUUUAAAUGGAUCUAAAGUGAGCAGUAACGGUAUAAUAAUGCUUAGCAAUGGCGUUUCAAUGAGUAAUUUAACAGUGUUAAAGCUGAUAGAUAUCAUGUUUGGUGAAGAAGGUUUGUCAGCGUUUGUAAACAGUACCGUUUUACAUAAUCUUCAAAACUUGAAUCUCUUACUCUGUAGUAUUGGAACGACUGGAGCUCGAUUGCUUUCUAACAGUCCUCAUUUAACACAGAUUACUACAUUAGCUCUUGAAUCUAACAGCAUUGCGGAUGAGGGUGUUUUAGCUCUUUGUGAAAGUGCAUGUAUGAGAAAUGUUACAGAUUUGGAUUUGUCGGACAAUGAUGUCACUGAAAAAGCUGUCUCGUAUUUGACCAGCAACACUUCAAGCAUGAAGUGUCUAACAAGAUUGAAUCUUGACUGGAAUAGUAUCGAAGUUCAAGGAGCAAAAUUGAUCGCAACAAGUCAAACCAUGCAAUAUUUAAAGAAUAUUUCCAUGUGUGGCUGUGGUAUUGGUGAUGAAGGAAUUCACGCCAUUUGUACGAGUGAUUAUAUGAAAAAUUUGACAAGCCUCAAUCUUGACGAAAACAACAUUUCCACAACAGGGAUUGCAUAUUUGGUCUCGAGCACUUUUCGUAGCUGUUUGCAACACCUGUCAUUAGAAUGCAAUAGCAUUGGAGUUGAAGGAGCACGAUUACUUACCACAUCAUCCCUAAAGCUAAAGUCUCUAAUUUUAACAAGCUGUGACAUUGAGAGUAAUGGAAUUUUAUUGAUUGCCAACUGUCCCACUUUUCAACUGACCGAGUUAUCGAUUUGUUGCAAUGGCAUUACUGAUGAGGGAAUGUAUGCCAUCUGUAACAGUCCCUAUUUGAGAAAACUGACCAAGCUGUCAGUAUAUGACCGAGUCAUUACCAUGACAUCAUGCUUCUUGGUACAAAUAUGA